GCUGCGGUGAACUGGUGAACCACUUGGACGACGACGACCACUCCGCUGCAUUUCAUUUGUGUAUGAAGUGGGCAGAGACAAACGAUGCAAGCCCUACGCCAGGAGAUUCUCCCGCCAAGCGGAGUUGAGUUCGCGACAUGUCUCAACUUCACCCCGUCUACGCUCUCCGACGCCGGACCCUCAACUUCUCAGAGUGGCCGUACUCUCUUCAACGUGGUCGUUGCGCGCGCAAGCCACCUUCGCAUCUUCGAGGUCCGAGAAGAACCCGCCCCUAUAUCUGCCCACCGGGAAGAUGAGAAGGACAGGCGCGCUAGCGUGCGCAAGGGGACGGAGGCGGUGGAGGGCGAGGUCGAGAUGGACGCGUCCGGGGAGGGCUUCGUGAACAUGGGCUCGGUCAAGCCUACUGGUCAGAACGGCGUUGCCCACCCCGCCACUGUCAACAAGUUCUACCUCGUCCGUGAACACCGGCUGCAUGGCACCGUAACAGGUCUAGAGGCCGUCCGCACGGUGCACUCACUAGAAGACAAGCUGGACAGGCUGCUCGUAUCCUUCAAGGACGCAAAGAUCGCAUUGCUCGAAUGGUCCGACGCUAUACAUGAUGUUAUGACCGUCUCUAUUCACACCUAUGAGCGGGCUCCUCAGCUAAUGGCUCUCGACUCGCCACUCUUCCGCGGAGAACUUCGUGUGGACCCACUGUCUCGCUGCGCUGCGCUUUCACUGCCAAAAGACUCCCUGGCCAUCCUCCCCUUCUACCAGAGUCAAGCCGAGCUAGACUUGAUGGAACAGGAGUCAAGCCAGGCACGCGACGUACCCUACUCCCCGAGUUUCGUUCUCGACCUCGCAAACGACGUCGAUCAACGAAUACGCAACGUGAUCGACUUCGCAUUCCUCCCCGGCUUCAACAACCCCACGGUCGCAGUUUUGUGCCAGUAUCAGCAGACGUGGACAGGACGUCUGAAAGAGUAUAAAGACACUGUGGGGCUCUUCAUAUUCACUCUCGACCUGGUGACAAACAACUACCCCCUGAUCACUGCCGUCGACGGUCUGCCAUACGACUGCCUCUCGCUGACGCCCUGUUCAACCGCCAUCGGUGGGGUGUUCAUACUUGCCAGCAAUGCCAUCAUCUUCGUUGACCAGGCCUCCCGCCGCGUCAUCCUCCCGGUGAAUGGGUGGCCGCCUCGGACGAGCGACCUAACGAUGCCGUCGCUCACGCCUCAGGAGCAGCUUCGGAACCUGCAGCUCGAGGGCGCCCGCUUCACAUUUGUGGACGACAAGACGCUCUUCGUCAUCCUGAAGGACGGCACCGUACAUCCCGUCGAGCUCGUCCUGGACGGGAAGACGGUGUCGCGUCUGUCGAUGGCUGAUGCACUUGCGCGCACGACUAUCCCAGCUGUCGUCGCGAGGGUCAGGGAUGACUACCUCUUCGUCGGAAGCAUGGUUGGGCCCUCAGUGCUCCUGCGUACUGCGCAUGUAGAAGAGGUGAUCAAAGAGGAAGACGUGGAUAUGGAUGCCGGUCCUGCGACUGUUGUAGCUCCUGCAGACACAAUGGAUCUUGAUGAUGACGAUGAUCUCUAUGGCCCCUCUGGCAAUGGGGAACAGCCUUCGGCGAACGGGGCUACGAACGGAACCGUCGAUUCAGUGAAGAAACGAACAGUUGUACGCCUUUCCUUGUGCGACGCGCUGCCUGCGCAUGGGGCUAUUUCGGACAUGGCAUUUGGACUGGCUCGCAAUGGGGAUCGAGUGGUUCCCGAGCUUAUAGCGGCAACGGGUUCAGGGGAGCUGGGAGGCUUCCACCUAUUCCAGAGAGACAUGCCCACCCGAUCAAAGCGCAAGCUGCAUGCGAUCGGAGGUGCUCGAGGGAUGUGGUCUCUGGCAGUCCGCCAAGCAAUGAAGGUCAGCGGCGGGACGCUCGAGCGUCCAAGUAGUCAAAACGACUCCGUGAUCAUCAGCACGGACGCGAAUCCUUCUCCCGGUUUGUCUCGGAUUGCUACGCGGUCUGCACAUUCCGACAUCGCGAUCACCACUCGAAUACCGGGGACGACUCUAGGGGCUGCACCGUUCUUCCAGGGCACUGCUAUACUCCACAUCCUCUUCAACGUCACGAAUGCCAUCAGGGUACUCGAACCUGACGGGACUGAGCGGCAAAUCAUCAAGGACCUGGAAGGCACCGCCCCGCGGCCAAAGAUCAAGUCUUGUAGCAUAUGUGACCCGUUCGUGCUUAUCAUUCGCGAAGACGACACCAUUGGACUGUUCAUCGGGGAACUCGAGCGGGGAAAGAUCAGGCGAAAGGAUAUGUCUCCAAUGGGUGACAAGACCUCUCGCUAUGUCGCAGGCGGUUUCUUCACAGACACGAGUGGUCUCUUGCAGACGUUCGUGAACGAGCAGGCGCCAGCAGAAAACGUGACGUCGACGCUGCAGGGAGCGAUGAACGCAGGAAACAAGAGUCAAUGGCUGAUCCUCGUCCGUCCACAAGGCGUAGUCGAGCUUUGGACGCUCCCGAAGCUCACGCUCGCUUUCUCCACGACGCUGCUGGCGACGCUGGACCCUAUACUAACAGACUCGUACGACGGUCCUGCGCUCUCCCUGCCACAGGAUCCUCCAAGGAAGCCGCAGGAGCUCGACAUCGACCAGAUCGUCAUUGCGCCUCUGGGAGAAUCACGACCACGCCCGCAUCUCAUUGUCCUGCUGCGCUCAGGGCAGCUCGCAGUCUAUGAGGCAGUCGCCAUCCCACCACCCCCUGAACCGCUGCCCUCUACCCGAUCAUCGACGCUCCUGGUGAAGUUCGUGAAGGUGGCGUCGAAGGCAUUUGAUAUCCAGCACCCCGAGGAGGAGCAGAAGUCAGUCCUAGCCGAGCAGAAGCGCAUCUCACGCCUGUUGGUGCCCUUCGUAACGUCGCCUGCGCCAGGCCAGACGUUUUCGGGGGUCUUCUUCACAGGCGAUCGGCCCUCCUGGAUUCUCUCCACUGACAAAGGCGGCGUGAAAGUCUUCCCUUCGGGACACAGCGUCGUGCAGGCGUUCACCACCUCCUCGCUUUGGGAGUCCCGCGGCGACUUCCUGCUCUAUUCGGAGGAGGGCCCCAGCCUCGUAGAAUGGAUGCCUGACGUCCAGCUAGACGGCCAUCUCCCCGCGCGCUCCGUCCCACGCUCGCGGCCGUACUCCAACGUCGUGUUUGAUGCCUCGACCUCAUUAAUUGUCGCCGCGUCCUCCUUCCAAAACCGAUUCGCGUCAUAUGACGAGGACGGGAACGUCGUCUGGGAGCCAGAUAGUCCAAACAUCUCGUCCCCGCUGUGCGAGUGCUCUACCCUGGAGCUUAUCUCUCCGGACGGCUGGAUCACCAUGGAUGGGUACGAGUUUGCUCCGAACGAGUUCGUGAACUGCAUAGUCUCGAUACCACUCGAGACUAUGAGUACCGAGUCUGGCAUGAAGGACUUCAUUGCCGUCGGGACCACGAUCAAUCGAGGCGAGGAUCUCGCGGUCAAAGGCGCAGUGUACAUUUUCGAGAUCGUCGAGGUGGUGCCAGACCCGAGCACGCACGUCAAGCGGUGGUGGCGACUGAAGCUCCUCUGCCGUGACGACGCAAAAGGCCCCGUCUCGUUCCUCUGCGGAAUAAACGGCUACCUCGUCUCAUCCAUGGGGCAGAAGAUCUUCGUGCGCGCCUUCGAUUUAGAUGAACGACUAGUCGGUGUGGCUUUCCUCGACGUCGGCGUGUAUGUCACCUCCCUGCGUGCAGUCAAGAACCUGCUCGUGAUUGGCGACGCUGUGAAGAGCGUCUGGUUCGUCGCGUUCCAGGAGGACCCGUACAAGCUCGUGGUCCUCGGCAAGGACCCCCAACUCUGCUGCAUCACCAGGGCCGACCUGUUCUUCGCGGACGGGCAGUUGUCUAUUGUCACUUGUGACGAGGAGGGUAUCGUUAGACUAUACGCUUACGAUCCUCAUGACCCGGAGUCAAAGAGCGGGCAGCACUUGCUCCGGCGUACGGAAUUUCACGGCCAAUCCGAGUACCGGAGCUCGAUGCUGGUGGCCCGUAGGCCGAAGAAUGGCGACCCGGAGAUCCCGCAAGCGCGCCUCGUCUGUGGCUCGGUGGACGGCUCCCUGAGCACGCUUACCUACGUGGACGAGGCAGCCUCGAAGCGCCUUCACCUCCUUCAAGGGCAGCUGAUCCGCACUGUGCAGCAUGUGGCGGCACUGAACCCCAAGGCGUUCCGCAUGGUGCGGAACGAGUAUGUCUCGAGGCCACUAUCAAAGGGCAUCCUCGACGGGAACCUCCUCGCGACGUUCGAGGACUUGCCCAUCGCCCGCCAGAACGAAGUCACCCGCCAGAUUGGCACAGACCGCGCAACGGUUCUCAAGGACUGGGCGUCCCUAGUCGGGGCAUGGUGAUCCGCUGUACACAUAUGCGCGUCCGCUUCGCCGCUGCUGUAUUUCUUAGAACGCUGUGUUAAUGAUGUGUGGCUGACCCGCC